CCCCAGCAUGCGUGUGACGUAAACUGCGACGCACGCGGAUGUUGGACUUAUUGUGCUGCAUUAGUUUAUAAUUUGUGAACAUAUCGCCGCGUGUCGUCUACAACUUCAAAGGUGUAAAAGAUGGUUGUUCUGUCAAAAGAGUAUGGCUGCGUGGUGUUGACUGGUGUUGCCAGUAUGAUCAUGGUGGGACACUUAGCUAUCCAAGUGGGCAAAGCUCGCAAGAAGUACAAUGUGCCGUACCCUAAGAUGUACUGCGAUGAUAGUGAAGAGGGCAACAUUUUCAACUGCAUGCAACGUGCACACCAGAACACUCUGGAGCUCUACCCUGCCUUCCUUUUCUGUCUUGCUGUUGGUGGCCUGCAUUGUCCCCGUCUCACCAGCGGACUGGGAGCCAUCUGGAUCAUAAGUCGUGAGGUGUAUGCACAUGGCUACUCAACAGGAGAUCCUAAAAAACGAAUGCGUGGAGCCUUCGGGAAUGUGGCACUGCUUGGGAUGAUUCUGACCACCGCCAACUUUGGGCGCCACUUGCUGGGCUGGACACAUCCUCAGUUUGGGUCCUGGGGCAACGUUAAAAAAUGUUGUUCAUAGGAGCAGCUGUAAGAAUACAGUCAGUUACUUCACCUUUGUUAUAUUUCUUGCUGGGCUUGUCAUAUACUCACAAAUGAGUCACCUUAAGUGGCCUGACUGGUUUUCAGUGUUGGGAGGGGCCUCCCAUUGACUAGCAGAGAGAGUGCCAAAACAAUCAUGAUUGCUAUAAUUAUUCAUUUUUAAUAAAUACAACAUAUUAUACCAGA